UUUUUCACUUGUUACUUUCUUUAGGGUUACUUUUAAAAAGAAGAUUUCACUGAUCACAAGCCAGCAGAAGACUUUCAGCCCAAGCAAGGGUGAAGACAGCUCUCUCCAAGAGCAGAGGAAGUCCCUGUGGAGAGAACCCGAGCUUGUUAGCAGAACUCGUCGGCAUGUCUAAACAAGGAGACGAUUGCUACUUCUAUUUCUAUUCUACCUGUACCAAGGGAGACAAAUGUGCCUACCGCCACUGCGAAGCUGCUCUGGGCAAUGAGACGGUCUGCAAGCUGUGGCAGGAGGGUCGUUGUUUCAGGAAUGUCUGCCGAUUCAGACACAUGGAAAUUGACAAAAAGCGCAGUGAGAUUCCUUGCUACUGGGAGAACCAGCCGGGAGGCUGUCAGAAAGCCAACUGUGCUUUUCAUCAUGCAAAGGGAUGUUACAUCGAUGGACAAUUCUUACCACCAAGCAAGACUACACUGCCAAGUCCGCCUGAGUCCGCGGACGAUGAUUUGAAAGUGGCUCAGAUGUCACUGCAGCAAAAGAAACUUUCUGUCCAGUCAAAUCCCUCUCCACAGCUAAGGGUGAUGAAAGUGGAAAACUCUGAAAAUGUCCCAAGCCCUACACACCCUCCAGUUGUAAUCAAUGCUGCAGAUGAUGAUGAAGAUGAUGAUGACCAACUUUCUGAGGAAGGAGAAGAAACUAAAACUCCCGUCCAGCAACCAGCUGCGGAAGGUAAAAAUGGAUUACAGGUGAUUUCCACUCGGAAAGGCAGUUCUCCUACUACUAAACAAGAGGGCAAUCUGAAUUUUGGAAUAAAAACACUUGAGGAAAUCAAAUCGCAGAAGAUGAAGGAAAAAAAUGAGAGACACGGUGAAGGUUCUUCAAGAUCUUCUCUUCGUCCCGUUGAUUCUAUGAUUUUUCCUGCUCCAGAAAAGGAAAAUGUCCGGACAGUGGUGAGAACUGUGACACUGUCUUCCAAGAAAGGGGAGGAACCUGUGGUUCGACUAGAUCUUGCUGAUAGACAAGGAAAACGGAAAGCCUCCGCGGAUGAUGUAAGCACCGUUCCAGUGAAGCGCAGCCUUGCUGAAAGGCUGGGGAAGAAGGUAGAGGCUCCGGGAAAUGCUGACAAAGCACCCAAGAGAGAUACAGUUCAAGUUGCCAAGUCUCUGAAGGACAGGCUGGGAUUACCUCCUAAACAGACCAGCACUGAGAGAGGGAAGGCUGCUAAGCCGAUGGGAGAGAUCCGUGUGAAAACACUGGAGGAAAUCCGUCGUGAGAAAGCUCUUCAGAGACGCGAAACUCAAGCCAAAGGCGAGGCUGAAGGGCAUGGUAAAACUGAAGAUUCCAGCGCAGGGGCAAGACCUGCUCGUGCAGGUCGCAUCAAAACUUUCUCUGAAGCCUUGUCUGAAAAAAAGAAUAAUCGCUUGGUAGAAGAGAAGAAAAAAGCAGGAGAAUCCCAUACCAAGAGCAAAAUUCAGGGUGAGUCCAAGAAGCAGCUCGCUCUGUCCGGGCGAAUGGAUUGCACAUUGUAGCCUUUCUCUCUCUCU